AUGCCUUUGGCAUGGUUCCACGAGGUGCAAGGAGUUCUCUGGCCCGAUGCCAUCCCCCAUGACGUGCUUUCGGCUCGGGAGAUCGAAAUCAUCGUGGAGAAUUACAAGCAGGGGGGGUCGGUGAGAGAGAUGGCCAAAAAGUUUUGGCAGGCUGCAGAGGCCAAGCGAAUCUUUGAUUGCAUUCCUUUAAGAUAG